AUGAGUCUUGGGGAGCUAAAAAUAAUGGCCAAUGAAAUAGAAAAUGAAAUUGAGCUAUGCAACAAGGAUUUGAAAAAAGUCGGAAGCCUGGUUAUCAAAACACAGUCUCUAAUGAAUCUGCUUGCAAAAGAAGAUCCCAGCGACAAGGAAGUGAAGGUGUUGAAAAUAAAAGCAUCAUCCUUUCAAAGCAAGGCAAGAGAGCUUAGCGAGAGAAGAAGCAAAGAAAAACAGGAGCUUGAGAAUGAGUUAAUGGACUCAAAAAUCAGAACAAAGAAAAUCACUGAAAUGAGUGAUUUUGGAUCGGAGAUGGGCCAAAGCGGGUUUUUUGCAGCACAAAGCAGCAAGCUUGACGAUUUCAUUUCCACUUCGAUGGACUCCCUUGAAUCAUUAAGACGCCAAAGCGUUUACAUUGAUCGAAUAAACGAAACUCUGAGACGAGGAGCAUUCAGGCUAGGCGUUAGUAAUGAAACACUGAGUAGAAUAGAAUCAAGGUUUGCUGGAGAUAAGUCUUUAUUCAUUAUUCUCCUGAUUGGGAUAGUGGCGCUGGUUCUCAUAUUAAGAUUUAUUCUUUGA